CGGCUUUAGAGGAGGCGGGGCCUGCUCGGAUCAGCUCGUCUGUCAGUCAAUCACAGCGCUCUUUACUCACCUGUUACUGCUGUCAUUAGACCAGACCCGCACACCGCUGCCCUCUGCUCCACUCGAGACACUUCUGCGCUCUUUACGACACCUGACCCGAGGGAGCAAUGACUGGCCAUCACUGGGGAUACGGGGACGACAACGGUCCAACAGAAUGGUACAAAGACUAUCCCAUUGCCGAUGGGAACCGCCAAUCACCUAUUGAUAUAGUCCCUUCAGAUGCUGUAUUCGAUGCCAGACUGUCUCCCAUCUCACUGUUUUACAACAACUGCACCUCUGUCAGCAUAUCAAACAACGGCCAUUCUGUGGUGGUGGAGUUCAUCGACUCGGAUGAGAGAUCAGUGAUCCGGGGAGGUCCUCUGGAAAACAUGUACAGACUUAAACAGUUUCAUUUCCAUUGGGGAUGCAAGGGUUGCAGCGGCUCUGAGCAUACGGUUGGUGGAAAAACCUACGCUUCUGAGCUUCAUCUGGUUCAUUGGAAUGCCAUAAAGUACAAGUCUUUUGGCGAGGCAGCAGCAGCACCUGACGGCCUGGCUGUCCUUGGCAUCUUUCUGGAAACAGGUGAUGAGCACAGAGCUCUUCAUCAGAUAACAGAUGCCUUGUACAUGGUAAAAUUCAAGGGAAGUGUUGCUGAUUUUAAGGGCUUUAACCCAAAGUGCCUUUUGCCGAACAGUCUGGAGUACUGGACAUACCCAGGGUCUCUCACCACUCCUCCACUGUAUGAGAGCGUCACAUGGAUUGUGCUGAAAGAGCCUAUUUAUGUGUCAGAGAAGCAGAUGGGAAAGUUCCGGACGCUGCUGUUUAACGGAGAGGAAGAAGACGACCGAAAACGCAUGGAGAACAACUUCCGACCACCACAGCCGCUGAAAGGCAGGAAAGUGCGGGCUUCUUUUAAGUAGCCCGGACCACCCCUUGUGAUCAACUAUAUACUUCCAGACUGCUCUAGAAUCACCUCUGAGGUUGAAACGUGAAUAUAAAAGGGUGUGGGGUUUGUUCGGUCGUGUCGCUCUCUGUCUGCUGCUUAAAAGGUUUUGGCCGGUGACCUCAAACGCGGUUUGACUUUGACAUUGAUCUCUUUGAAUCCGAGGCUCUACAUUUUUAGAUCCACCUGAUCAGGCUCGUGCAAAAACAGAUCCUCGUUGCAGGUGGCUGAGAUAGUUGCGCUUCCCAAAGGGUCCGAGCUGAUGGGGUCUGAUAAGCUGCAUGGCUGUCGUCUGCUUUCUCACUGCUGUAGGAAAGGGUCAGUAAUCCGGGAUCCUGACUUGUAACCCAUUGUUAAUGUUUGAUAUAGGGCAUGUGUGGUGUUAUUUAAGCUGUUUGUAGUAAGGUGCUUCCGGGAACACAGACCUGGUGGUGGCAGGACUGCACUCCAUUAUCGCUGAAAGUUGCAUGAAUACAUGGAAAUGUCUCGGUAAUGUAUGUAGAUAGCGUUUCUGUUCACCUGAUUUUUGUGACUCCAUUAAGUAAGUCUCUCACUCAUUGUAGUCGAUGUUCUUGUGCUGUCAGCGAAGCCUUAUAAAUGCUCUUUCAAUAAUAGGAGGGUGAUGUUUGGGGGUUGAAGUGACUGAUGGAUCACACUGCUCACGCUUUAAAGACGGUUUCCUAUUAUUAAUGUAAUUCCUAAUGGAAUCUCUGGCAUGGAGUAUAGGAGUGUUACGGGAGAUCUCGGAAGAACAGGUCAGAGCUGUAUUAAGACUCAACUCCUGGACGACAUCCAGCUGAAGCGGCAGGGAUUUUCUUUUGGGUGUUUGGUGGCCGGCGUGGUUUCAUAUACAUUUUGUAUUGUAUUUAGUUUUUAUGUUCAAAAUAAAAUGAUCAACUAUGUACAAAAUAAAAUUAUUUUAAUAACCCGUG